AUAUACACGAUGUAUCCAGCCUUGUCAACCAUCGAAGCUGAGCUAAACGGCGGGAAGUGGGGCUUUGUUAUUUUCCGUUGCGCGUACGGUGACGAUGCCUCUUGGAAACGAUUCUUGGGCUACCUACAAGCUAAAUAUCGGUAUGCACUGGCUCUCGAAGGCGCAGAUAGAUUGUACGAGCAGCUCGACUGGACCAUACAAGAAGACUCAGCUUUGGAUGGUGCAGACGCGGAGGUAGUGAAGGUGAUAUUCCAGGAAUGGUUGGAGCAGCACAAAGACGACGAAAGUGUGGGUCAUACACGAGCGCGUGCCUGUAUCAUGAUUGAUCAGGAUGUUCUUGAUGACUUGGGUUAUGUUUACGAAUAUGCACAAGAUAUAGAAGAGUAUGACGAGGAGGCGUUCGUUUGGGUGCAUUUGAUCUCGAGCGAAGAUGACGAAAAGCCGACCAAAGUUGGGGUAGACUAUCUCAUGCCAAAUGCGUAUGUUAAUAUCAAUAUUGAAGGAUGGGAGGCCGUGGAGAGAAAAGAUGGCGAGGAGGUAGCUAAGCCUUCUUAG